AAAACCAAACAAACCACCUCCCAAAAAAAGGAUUCAGAAAUUCCAACCUCUCCGAACAGCGGCAUAUUUGUCCUGCCGGGAGGUGUCAGCAAUAUUCAGACAGUCAAACAUGGCCGCUGCUCGUUUUCUUCCUUCCUGUUUUCUCAUUUUUAUCCUCAUUUUUUGUCUUUAUACCCCAUGUUUGUCCAAUGACGGCGUGUCUCUUUAUGAAUUCAAAGAGGCGUUAAAUGAAUCUGCAUCUCUGGAUUCAACCUGGAUAAAAGGGACUGAUCCAUGUCAUAACGAAACGAAAUGGAAAGGUGUAGAAUGUAAUGCGGAAAAUGUCAUAAACUUGUAUCUUAUGAACAAUGGUCUAGCGGGAGAUAUUGCGAUUGAUUCUUUGGCAAAUCUUAAGGGACUUAGAGUUAUCAGUUUGGAAAACAAUAGCUUUUCAGGUCCACUGCCUGAAUUCAGUCGCCUUACUAAAUUGAAGUCCCUCUAUCUUUCAGACAAUGAAUUUUCCGGGGAAAUACCUUCAGAUUUCUUUUCAAAAAUGGGGUCUCUGAAGAAGCUUGAGCUUGCAAGAAACAAGUUUUCAGGGAGGAUUCCUGAUUCUUUGGGAGAAUUGGAGAAUUUGAUGGUUCUCUUUCUGGAACAAAACGAAUUCUCAGGGCCUAUUCCUUCAUUAGCACAAAAAUCUUUGGUGAAAAUCGACCUGUCUAACAAUAAGCUGCAAGGAGAAAUCCCUCCAGCCAUGUCAAGAUUUGGUACCAAGCCUUUCGAGGGAAAUCCUGACCUUUGUGGCACGGUUCUGUCCAAAGAAUGCAAGGCUGAUGAAGAGAGUCCAAAUGAAGCACCCGCAGCUGACAAGAUUAAUGAAACCAAGGAGUCAGAGUCAGGGUCAGGGUCAGGCGUAAAGUGGGUGGUUCUAUCGGCAGUAGUUGCCCUCCUGGUGGUGACAAUAGCAUUUAAGAGUAAUAGAAAGGAAGAUGAUUUCCAGAUGCUUGGUAAAAAUAAUUUGGACGAGGCAGUGCGAGUACACAUACCUAGUAGUAUGAAGAAGAGGAACUUGAGUAGCAGGAAAGGAAUCAACUCAAUGAAUUCGUCAAGAAAAGGCACGCAAAAAGGUGGAAAAGUGGGUGAUCUCAUUGUAAUUAAUGAAGAAAAAGGUAUAUUUGGGCUGCCUGAUUUGAUGAAGGCUGCAGCUGAGGUUCUUGGAAGUGGCGGUUUGGGAUCAGCUUACAAAGCCGUGAUGGCUAAUGGGGUUUCUGUUGUGGUGAAGAGAUUGAGAGAUGUGAAUAAAGUAAGCAGGGAAACAUUUGACUCGGAGGUUAGAAAGCUCGGGACAAUGAGACACAGGAAUAUUUUAACACCAUUGGCGUACCACUAUCGGAAGGAAGAGAAGCUGUUGGUGUCUGAGUUUGUUGCCAAAGGCAGCUUAUUGUAUAUAUUACACGGUGAUCGUGGGAUUUCUCACGCGGAGCUGAAUUGGCCUACUCGUCUGAAAAUCAUUCAAGGAAUUGCUCAAGGAAUGGGAUACCUACACAAUGAAUUUGCACAAUAUGAACUGCCACAUGGGAAUCUCAAGUCUAGCAAUGUUCUUCUUUCUUCGAAUUACGAGCCACUUCUCAAUGAUUAUGCGUUUUAUCCAUUGAUCAGUAACACUCAAUCUGUGCAACAGCUGUUUGCUUAUAAAACCCCAGAAGCCGUACUGUAUCAACAAGUUUCUCCAAAGAGCGAUGUCUUUUGUCUUGGAAUAGUCAUUCUUGAAAUAGUCACCGGGAAAUUUCCUUCUCAGUAUCUGAACAAUCAAAAGGGUGGUACUGAUGUUGUACAAUGGAUUAGAACAGCAAUUUCUGAGAACAAAGUUUCAGAAUUGAUUGAUCCAGAGAUAGCAAACGCGUCAAAUUCACUUGAACAAAUGGAGAAGCUCUUAUAUAUUGGAGCUGACUGCACAGAAGGCGAUCAAGAGAAGAGGAUCGUGAUGAGGGAAGCUAUAAAGAGAAUAAAAGAGAUACAAGUUUGAGCAGUAUUCCAAGUCGAUAGAUUAGGAAAGUUGAGUAGAGAAACCAGUGCUGUCAAUAUUGUGAAUGAAUGCCAGUGUGCUAAAAGACGAGGAAGCUAGCCAAUAGUGAUACUUCUGUUAUUGUCAUUUCACUACUUUUCACAAGUCGAUCCCUGAUUUGUGCUACUAACUAAAGUCUCGUUUUGCUAAAACCCCUGCCUCAUUGCUCCCAUUGCUGAUAUCAGUAUAUAGCCAGAGGAUCCUUAUGGUGGCAUUUUUUCUGUGUAGAAAUGGCAUUGGCCAUUCAGAGUACAAAGAAGAGACAGACAGAAAAUUUUGCAUAUUCUUAAGAAAUGCAUAGAAUUUAUUUUUCAUUUUGAAAAAUUGUUGCUUUCGUGCAAUUUCACUGUGUCAAGGGUUCAGCCAAUUAUGUUGAAAAGUACUGGUUCAAGAGUAAAGAUUUUGCUCUAAUGUUUCAGGGGUUGACUGUUAGGAUCAAAAGAUUAGUUCUUAUAUGCAACAAGGAAUGUACAUACAAUGACUUUCUU